UUCAUGAUGACUACCUAAUUAAAUUAUAAGAAAUUUUGCACUGAAAAUUUCUUCUAAAAAAAUAUGCAAAUGAAUGAAACAGUUGUUUGUGAAGUUUGUGGGGUGGUUGUCGAGAGAUCAAAGUAUUUCAGGCAUAUUAAGUAUGGUCACAAGGAGAAAAGAGAGCACAAAUGUAAUUUGUGUCAGAAAUCAUUUACAAGUGCUUACAAUCUCCAGUAUCAUAUGGCUCAUCAUAUAAACGCCAGAAACUUCCUUUGUAAUGAAUGUCCACGAGCAUACAACACAGCAGCUGAUUUAGCGCAACAUCAAAGGAUUCAUGAGAAACAAAGAGAUCCGUACAAGUGUGACCAGUGUGGAAUGAUCUUCCAAAUUAGAAGCAAAUACAACACUCACAUGAGAACCCAUCAGUCAGGCACGUCAUCGGGACCAAAAGAAUGCACAAUUUGCAAUAGAAAAUUUGUUUGUUUAUCAAGUCACAAUCGAAUUGUUCAUCUCGGCUUACGAGCUUAUCCUUGCAAUGAGUGUGGAAAAUCCUUUGGUAAGAAGUCGGGAUUAGAUCGACACAUUACAACUGUCCAUGAGAAGAUUAAAGCGUUUCGUUGUGAGAUUGAAGGAUGCAAUGGCGCUUUUGGUGAGAAGUCUCAGUUGACAAAACAUAUGAAAAUUCACAGUGAUCGAGAUCAAUCUUAUUGUUCGUUUUGUAAGCAACAAUACGACGACAUUAAAAGUCAUUUCGAAUCAUUUCAUUGCGAUCUAAGUCACACUUGUCAUAUUUGUUUUAAAAGAUUCUCGAAGCAAUCGUCGUUGAAUGUUCACGUGAAAAUCUUUCACACUUUGGAGAGAAACUUCUUUUGUGAUUUUUGUCCGAAUAAAGGAUUUGCUGAAAGAUCUCAACUUAAACGACAUUUACGGCGUCAUCAAGAAGAAAAUGAAUUCAAUGAGGAGGAAUCGAUUGAUGGGAAUAAGCUUGAAACAGAAAAAAUCUUUGUGAAUGAUCUUUCAGAAGUGAAGUUGGAGAGUCUUGAAGAAACGACGCCAAUUGACGAUGUUUUAGUGGAGAUGGAGAUUAAGAAAGAAAUUCUCAGCGAUGAAGAAAUUGAAGUGAAAUGUGAACCUGAAUUGAUAAUGAAGGAAACUUCCAGUCCAACUGAUGAUUUUGAAACAAAAUCAGUCGAAGAAAUAAAAGACGAAAAUUUCGCUUUGAUUUUAAAUGAAGUUGAAAGUUCGCAGUCAGAAAGAACCGACGAGACGUUUGAUUGUUUAAAAUGUGAUAAGAGAUUCAACAAAUCAGAUCAUCUUAAUGUUCAUUGCACAGCAGUUCACACUGAAAGUAAGUUUGAUUGUGAUGAAUGUGGCCGAUCAUUCAGUUACAAGUCAGCACUCGAUCGUCACAUUAAAGUUCUUCACAGAAAUCAAAGAAAUCACAUUUGCAUGAAAUGUGGACGAACUUUUGGAACAAAAUACGAUCUCGAAACUCAUUUCGAAUCAAAUCACAACGAAUCGAGGAAAUCAAAAAAUCGAAGAACUUGCAAAGUGUGUGGGAAAAUUUUCUCAAAGGAAAGAAAUCUUCAAAUUCACGUCCUGGCGAUUCACAAUGAAAAGUCUUUCGAAUGUGAAAUUUGUUUGAAGAAGUUUUCAUUUAAAUCAGCUAAAGAACGUCAUUUAAAAGUUGUUCAUUAUAAUCAGAGAUCUCAUCAAUGCGUUCAUUGUCAAAAGUAUUUCGGAACAAAAUACGAUUUACGGAAUCACAUUUCAUACAAUCACAGCUUAAAUCCUGAAGAAAUUGGGAAAUAUUUUUGUUCAAUUUGUGAAAAAUCUUUCACAUCAUCGAGCGCGUUGAAACGACAUCACAAAGGCGUUCAUGAAAACAUCAAACAAAAAGGUCCGCGUGAUUAUCGAUGCAAGUUCUGUAAGGAAACAUUUAGCAAUAAAUAUCAAAAGGAGAAACAUCUUGCACAAGUUCAUCAAGAUGGUUUGAAGUUGAAACGUGUUUGCUUAUCAUGCAAUUCUGAAUUCGAAUUGUUUGAAGACUUUAAGAAGCAUGUGAAUGAAUUACAUCCCAAAGCUUUCAUUUGUUUGAUUUGUGGAGUUGAUAAUGUCGAUGGCGAUGCUUUCAAUGUUCAUAUGGAACAUCAUAAACAUAUUGAAAUGGAUUUGCGACGAUAUAUUUGUGACUUUUGUGGUCAUCGAUUGUUUAAUAAAAUUCAACUUAAGGUUCACAUGAGAAAGCAUAUGAAAGAAGCAAAUUUCUAUGUUUGUGAUAUUUGCGGUCAGAGUUAUCGAUACAUUGCGCCAUUUCUCUACCACAAAAAGGUUCAUGAAGGUCGAAAAGAGUUCAUUUGCAGUCAUUGUGGUAAAGAGUUUAUGAGGAAACAAGAUUUAACCGUUCACAUUCGUCAUCAUACACAAGAGAAGCCAUUUAAAUGUUCGGUGUGUGGAAAGAAGUUUGCUGCUCGUCAAAUUCUUCAAAUUCAUCUUCAAACACAUUCAGCGACUAAAAAGAUUUUCAAUUGUGAUGUUUGUAAUUUGUCAUUUAAUGACAGAAAUGAAGCAAAAAUUCAUGAUGAAGCAAUUCAUCCUGAUCGAAGGCCAUUCUGGUGUUCAAUUUGUCACAAAUCAUUUAAACUUGAACAUUUGUUAAAGAUUCAUCUGAAACAUAAACAUAAUCCUGAGAAAUCAGUUGAAUUAACAAUUCUUCCAGAAAUUGUCGUAAGCAUGUCGGGAUUGUGGACUUAUUUAAAUAGUUCUGAGUUGGUUUACAAAGUUCAAAGUUUUUUUGGUGUUGAGAAAGUUGAUCAAAAAGAUGAAAACAAAGAGAAGUUUAAGAUAAAUAAUCGAUUCUUUUAUUAUUUGUUUUUAAUUGGAACUGAAUUAGGCGAUGAACAUUUCUAUGGACUUUUCAUUCCUUUGUUUUUCUUGAAUGUUGAUUGCCAUCUCGGACGGCGAUUUGUGUUUCAUUGGUUCAUCAACAUGUACAUAGGACAAGCAUUAAAAGAAGUCUUCAAAUAUGAACGUCCGAAAUCGCCAGCAGUUCAAAUGCAAACAAAAUGGAGCAACGAAUUUUCACUUCCAUCGACACAUGCAAUGGGUUCGCUUUCAAUGUCAUCAGCUUUGAUUUAUUUCGCAAUUGAUCGAUACAAUCUUGCUGCAUCAAUGGGAGUAAUUUUCAUUGUUGUUUGGGUGUCAGUGAUCUCAUUAAGUCGUGUUUAUUUUGGAAUGCAUUCUGUCCUUGAUCUUGUACUUGGUGUUGUCAUAACAAUGUUCUUCUUGUUUGCAACACUUCCAGUGACUGAUGUUAUUAUGGCUUUCUUCGCAAUGGCUCCAAUAGCGCCAAUAAUGUUCUUUCUCAUUCCAAUCGUGUUAAUAAUUUUCUUCCCAACAACAAACAUGUGGACACCGACAAGAGGUGACACUUGUGCAGUUGCUGCUGUUUUCUCAGGAAUUGAAUUGGGAGUUUGGACAAAUUAUCAGCUUGGAAUGUUGACACAAGUUGAUGAAGUUUAUCCACUAACUUUAGAUUUUAGCGAGAUUUACUGUCUUGCUGGUCGAACUUUACUUGGACUGAUGAUUGUGGGACUAACCGAAUUCAUAGGAAAGCAAUUUUCCUAUUCAACUCUUUGUAUUUUAAUUAAUGAAGACAAGAAGACUUUGAAAGCUUCAGUAAAUUCUGUCAACAAUGUUAAGAAGAAUUUCGUUGAUUUAACAUCAAAUUUCUUCACUUAUUCACUUCUUGGUUUCAACACAAUCGUGAUCGUUCCAAUAACUUACAAAUAUUUAAACAUUCAACGUGAAAGUUUUUUCAAUGAAAUUUAAGUCAUUUUAUUGCAUUUAGAUUCUUACAAACUAGACAAAAAUUAUUUUAAAAGACUAAAAAUUGUGAAAUGAAGAAAACACAAAAAUCUUCGUUCGUUUCAGAAAAAGAAAAAAAUUGCAAAUAAAUAAAUUUUAAAUAAUAAUUUAAUUAAACAUUUUUGAUGUUAGAUGAAAGAUUUGAUGUCAGUAAUAAAAUUCAUUAUUUCACU